CUCUGAUCAAUUAGUCACCUAUACGGCUUUUUCAGGUAACUGAGAAGUGCAGUGUCAGCUCCGGAGAGGAUGACGUUCUACAACGACAUUUACCCAUUUUACCCCGAACAAAGGACUCCCUUCAUCUUUAACCUGAACCUCCUUAUUGUGAUACUUGUGCUGUCGGUCUUCGCAGCUGCUUUCCUUCUGAUUCUCCCGGGGAUUCGCGGCAAGCCGAGGCUUUUCUGGAUGAUCCGAAUAAUUCUCAGCUUAUUUGUGGGCGCAGUAAUUGUAGCGGUGAACUUCUCUGGCGACUGGGCAGCCGGCGGCGCAAAAGUGACGACGACGUACAAGUCAUUCAGCAGCGGGGUGGUGAGCGCGGACGUCGGGCUCCGCGUCGGGCUGUCGGGGAUCAACGUCACGCUGAAAGGAGACCCCGUGAACCAGCUAAAUGAGACCAUUGACUACAAUGAGAUGUUCCGCUGGACAGACAUCUUGGAUAAGGACUACGCAGAGGCGCUGAAGAGGGGCCUUCCAAAUCCCAUUUUGCACAUUGCUGAGAAAUUCACCCUCAACAGCCCCUGCGGUCUCUUCUACCAGUACAGAUACUCUGGGCGGUACACUUCUGCCACCAUGUGGACGGCUUUCUGCUGCUGGCUCAUCGCCAACAUCCUCCUGUCCAUGCCUGUCGUCCUCUACGCCGGCUGCAUGAUGCUUGCCACCGGAGCAUUUAUUUUCUUUUCCUUGGCCUCCUUCGCCACCAUACAGAACGUUCCUCCGUGUAUUUUCACCGUAGGGACUGUCUCCUUCCAGCUGGAGUUUGGCGCCUCCUUCUGGCUGUCGCUAACAAUAGGUCUGCUCACCACGUUUCUCGGCGUGCUGGUGGUGCUGCUGGACUGCCUGGCACCUGAGGCACUGAAGGAGGCCUUUAGCAUGACGUCGGGUGAGGAUGACGAUGACGAACCCGUUCUGGGGACGGCCUACAUCAACCACAGCUUUCUGGAGGACGUGACGGGUGCAUCACAGGAGCAGGCACUAAGACAGACAGCAAAGGACCUCACAUAUAUCAACAUGCCCAAUCUUUAACUAUGUGGAAGACCAGAAUGGUCGCAUUACUUGAACAGCCGCAAGACUUGCAGCAGACUGUUUUUUUGCACACACAUUGACGCUGAAUGUUUUGGACUUCCAUCCAUUCAUCCAUAUUGUGACUGUAUAUCCUGUACGGGGUCGUUUGUAAUUAGGAUUUGAGCUAGAUUAAUG